GCAUCACGUAAUAUGAAACUCGUUGCGUCAUUGCUUACUGAAAUGCAGCAUCAAAAAUCAGAAUGGAUGAGCUGCGACUGUGGACCACAACACGUGGGUGGAGGGCGGAGUAUAACAUCAUGAUUGAGACGGAGAUGUGGCUGAACUGUAACAUGGAGCUGGAUGGACGAAGCAUGUUCAGAGCGGACAGAGUGGCAGUAAACUCCGGCGCUGGUUCCUGAUUCAGAACAACCACCUUAUGUACAAGAAGAAAUCCGGGCAGAAUAUCACGGUGGUCAUAGCUGAUUUACACCUGUGCACGGCCAAACACUACAAGAGCAUUGGACGCCGUUGCUGCUUCCAGGUGGUUUCACCUACAAAGAUCUGGGUAUUGGAGGCCGAUUCAGAGGAGAAUAGAGAGGCUUGGAUCAGAACCAUUCAGAACAUGGUUGCUAACACCGAUGGUGACAGAACAGACGACUCCAUCACUUCCCAAUCAGAUGAGGUGGUGGAUCUGAGCCCAAAACAGGAAGGAUCCAGUAGCUCCUCUGAAUCACGAGGAUCCCAACACACAGAGAGAGACUCACUACGUCCACGAUCCGCUUCUGGAACUUCAGUCGAGAGCAUUGACGGUACAGUUGGAGGGACCUCACACAUCGAAGAUAGCCCGGAGGAACUGAGCACCAGCACUUCCUCCAGCAACUUCAUCCACACAGCUGGUGAGAAGAGCACGACUACAGGAAAGCACUCUGUACAGAGAGGAAGCGCUCCUUCCAAAGAGUGCUUCGAUAGCCUGUACGGAGUCGGAAAGCUUCUGGGCAAAGGAGGCUGCGGUUCUGUGUUUGCAGGACUUCGUAAGGCAGAUGGAAAACAGGUUGCUAUUAAGAUUGUGCUGAAGAGUGGCUGUGACAGAUUCAUCACCAUUCCUGGUAAGAAGAACGGUCUCCCUGUAGAGGUGACGUUGAUGCUGAUGGUGUCCGAGCCACCUCGCUGUGAACACGUCCUGGAGCUCCUGGAAUGGUUCGACAUGCCCGAGUGCUACGUCUUGAUCCUGGAGCGACCCGCCCGCUGCAUGGACCUCUUCAAAUACCGCAGGAACGGCUCACUUCCCGAACGUCUGGCUCAGGUCAUCAUGUGGCAGGUGGUUCUCGCCACCCGUCAUUGCCGUAAUCGCGGCGUUCUCCAUCGGGAUAUCAAGGAGCAGAACCUUCUGGUCAGUUUCGACACGUUAGAGGUCAAGCUCAUAGACUUUGGCUGUGGGGACUUGCUCAAGUCGACACCCUACAGACGUUUUGCAGGCACCAUACUAUACGCCCCACCUGAAUGGAUCGAGGAAGGUAAGUAUCAUGGUUGCGCUGCAACGGUGUGGAGUCUGGGCGUCCUUUUGUUUAUUUUAGUGUGUGGAGAGCUGCCAUUCUGGAAUGAGAGGGAGAUCGCUGCUGGACAUCUGAUCUUCAAAGCUGGUGUGUCUAAGGCCUGCCGUCAUCUGAUAAGACGCUGCCUGGCCAAGGAUCCGAAUGAGCGACCCAGCCUCGAGAUGAUCCUGGAGCACAACUGGUUUUCAGAGAUCCUUAGGAACUAA